AUGAACCCUCUUGCUCCUCAGCUGCGGUCCAUGUUCGCGCCCACAACGUAUCCUACGUCGGGCUCUACAAGUGCGUUACGCCGUGCUGCAACUUGUGAUAUUUUGUCCUUUGUGGCACGUUUCGGCAUAUGCACACCUGAUGUUAUGCGCAUGUUGGAGCGUCUAGUCAUUCGUAGCAAAUGGUGCGGCAAUAUUUGUCAGCUGUACGGCAUCUUUGCGACAAUGCCUGAGGGAACACAAGCUCUUGUGCCGACUCGACUGGCAUGCCAUGCCGUACCCGAGCGGCUGUUUCGUCAUUCGGUCGUGGUUAGCAUGCCCUCUUAUUUGGAUGGAACACCUGCGCUGGAGCACGGGUUGCUUCUAUCCUUCGUUCGUCAUGUUUGCGAUCUUACUCCCGUUGGUAUGCCCGAGAGUGAAGUACGGCUGCCCCCUUUGUCUGAUUUGGAGCUCAUCGCGCGAAUGAUUCUCUUGCAUCGCGCAUCUCCAAAUUCAUCUCAAGGAUACCCACUCGCGAUGGCCGUGCAUUUGGACAGCACGCCCCUCGUCUGCCUGUUGCUGGCAACAGGUGCAGACCCCUCUUUGAAAAAAAGCAUUGCCUUGCAUGUGGCGUGUAAGAAAGGCUCGCUUGCUGUUGUUCGGCUCUUGGUAGAGCAAGAUGAUGCACUUGAGUUUCAGUGGCGCACGCGCCUUCGAGCUAUCGUUGACGACUUACACGCUCUGGAUGUUGUUCGGGCUACCAGACAAGAGCCUCCGCGCGCGCGGCGAUCUUUACCGGAGAAAGGCGCUGUUCCUUCUAAACGACGGCGCUUAGCGGACCGUUGCCAGGUGGAUGUUCCCAUGCUCACGACUGCCGUGCGUGCAGGCGCAUGGGAUGCCGUGUCGUACCUCAUGCAGACGAAGGGCGUGGUGCCUGAUGUCAGCACAUUGCGAAUGAUGGACCAAAAAUCAUCUUAA